AUGCUUCUCAAUACUCUACGCCAGCGGUUUUGGCCCAUUCGAGGCAGAGAUUUAGUGAGAAAAGUGGUGGACAAAUGCCUGAUCUGCUUCUCCUGCAAACCGAAGAGCAUCCAACAACUCAUGGGAUCAUUACCGGCAGCGAGAGUGACUCCGUCGCGCGCGUUUCUGAAGUCCGGCGUGGACUAUUGCGGUCCGUUUUACGUUCGCCCGCCGAGUCGUCGGGGCAAUUCUAUGAAAAUUUUCGUUGCAAUAUUCGUUUGUAUGGCCUCCAAGGCUGUCCAUAUCGAAAUGGUAUAUAGCCUGACGUCGGGUUCGUUCUUAAGUGCUUUGAAACGCUUCGUGGCACGUCGCGGUCGCGUAACUGACGUGUACUGCGACAAUGCACGCACUUUUGUUGGUGCGAAUCGUCAGCUGCAAGAGCACAAACAGCUAUUCGAUGAGCUGCACCGUUCUGAAGAUCUCACAAACAAGUGCACCAAAGUGGGAAUUAACUUCCACUUUAAUCCAGCUCGGUCUCCGCACUUUGGAGGGUUGUGGGAGGCCGCCGUUAAGACCUUCAAGCACCAUCUGUAUCGCAUCAUGAAGGAUACUCUCCUCACUAUCGAGGAAUUCAACACCUUGAUUACCCAGAUUGAAGGAAUCAUGAAUUCAAGGCCUCUCACACCCCUGUCAUCCGAUCCUGCUGACGUUGUUGCUCUCACUCCGGGGCACUUGUUAGUUGGCGAGCCGUUAUUCCAGAUUCCUGAGCCUGAUCUCUGCGAAACUCCUAUUAAUCGCCUCACUUCUUUCCAGAAAAUGCAACAGAAGAUUCAACAUUUUUGGAAGGUUUGGUCUAGUGCGUAUGUUGGUCAACUUCAAGAUCGACAGAAAUGGCCGAUGGCUCAUCCAGACAUCAAAAUUGGAACAUUGGUACUGCUGAAGAACGAAUCAACUCCUCCAAUGAAGUGGAAUCUGGGCCGAAUCGAAAGCGCCUUCCCUGGCAGGGAUGGUCGCACAAGGGUCAUCCAGGUUCGAACCGCAAAUGGAAGUUACCGACGGGCAAUAACGGAAGUCUGUCCUCUACCGAUCGACGAUGUCAUCGAGGCUAACAGAUCAACCAGUGCAACUUCGUCAAUCCUAAUUGACCAAAACCAGACAUAG